UUCUGUGGCUGUCUGUUUGAGCUGCUGCUUCACAUCAUCCCACCUCGAUCUUGCUGAGCCAUUCCCACAGCCCGUGACUUCACCUUCAUCCUCCAUCCUAUCCGAACGACAAGCUCCCGAACCGAUUCCAUCCUCCAUCCUCCCUCUCCCGACCGCCUGAGCGCUUGAAUACCGGCAGCCAUGGUGGGCGGGUCGUUAUUCUUCCCGGAUCCAUCAACGCCGGUGUCAGCGUCCCCACCGGAUCCCUACUCUUCGCGGCUCUUCGGCCGAUCCACCGCCACGGGGGCUCACGCCGGGUCGCCGUACAACAGAUCGCCUGCGAUCCCGGUCUCCUUCCCGCCGGACGACCCCUCGGCCCGAUCGCCGUACUCGCGAGUUUACGGCCAGUACGGAGCUCCCAGCGCAACAGGCCUGUUCGGCCCGCCUCCCACCGCCACACCUGGUGGUAGCGGCUACACAGACCGGGGUUUCUCGUCCCGCUCCCCCACCUUCUCGCACUUCCCCUCCGCCAAUCCCCUCCCGGACUUCCGCCGCGCGCCUCCGCCCUCCGCCUCGCUCCUGUACCACGACUUGCUCGCUACGCCGGGGGGGGGGAGUAGGGGGAGCCCCAUCGCAAUCGCGCGCGGGUCCCCCGCGCAAAGCACCGCAGCCGCCGCCGCCGCCGCUGCCGCGCUCUGGCGGACUUCCUCCGGCGCAGGCUCGCCCUCCGAACCUCCGCCCCCGCCGUUCCUCACCCUGGCGGACCAGUUUCACCAGUCCCCCUCCGCCGCCCCCGCCGCUACUCCGCUGCGACCUGUUCCGCUGAGCACCCCCGGUCCACUUAAAACCCCCGCUACAGGAAGCCCCGGUGGAGGAGGUACAGGGUUUUAUGAAGGUCAUAGCGGGCCUCCGCAGGUUAUGAACGGGUUGGCGGGGCCGUCUUAUAACGCGCAUACUCCCAUUUCGGGGAGGUUUGGUUCCCCCGAGCUGCAGCAGCAGCGGCAGCAGUGGUUUCAUGUUAACGGGACGGGGGUGGCGGACGGUUUCGCAGGAGGUGGGGGGAGUGCGCAAGGCUUGCAGGCGGAACAAGGAUGGGGGAGAGGGGAGCAGGGUAGGGGAGUGGCGCAGGGGCAGGCGCUGCAGGCGGCGCAGAAGCAGGCGGGGACGAGCGCGUGGAGCAAGGGGCAGGAGCAGAGCGGGAAGGGCGUGGCGGCGCAAGACGCGCAGAGGGGCGCAGAUAUCACCAAGGCUGGCGGAACGUGGGUCACCGUGUACGGGUUCCUGCCCGAGGAGCUGCCAGGGGUGAUGCGUGAGAUGGAGGGGUGCGGCCGAGUGGUGGAGCACGUGCCAUGCCGGGGCCGUGGCAACUGGGUGCACCUCAGAUACCAGACAGCAGCGGAGGCACAGAGGGCGCUGGGGCGGUCGGGGCAACAGCUGUCUGCAGGCACCAUUUUUGGCGUGAAGCCCAUGCAGGACCCCCCCUUCAACAGUACAAGCUCUCCCACAUCAGCACGCGCCCCUCCCCCUGCCACCUCUUCCACCGUCCUCUUUUCCACCCGGCCUCCUGAGACUGCUUUCGGAGCUCCCUCUCAGCCCCGCUCAAGCACAUUUCAAGCGGGGUUUGGUGCGGUCUCCACCCAACCGCCUUCAGCUGUUCACCAUGCUUCUGCUGCGUCUGGUGCCAACCCUUCUGGGGUUGCUCCUGCAGCUGCGCCUGCUGUCUCUGCCUGGCAGGGAAGCAGUGGUGUGUUUUCUGCCACACCUGUUCCCGCAAGGGGCCGCUAUCAGCCAAGUAUGGAUGGGCAUGCUGGUGCGGCUCCUAUUGCAUCUGCUAAUCAGUCUGUGUGGCAGAGGGUGGUUGACCUGGUGUAUGGGCUCUGAUUUGCGUUUGGUUUGGAGUGUCAUUUGCACUGGUGCAUUGGUGAUUUCAGUGGUUUGCAGGGGCUUUUUGGUUGGCUGGCAAAUAUUCCUGGGUCUCCAAUCUGUCUGGUGACUAGGUCCUUUACGAUUGAAAGAAUUUGACAAGCGGUGCAGGAGACUAAGUAUAGAAUCUGCAGAGCAGACACAAGUAGAAAAUAAUACAUGGGGUACCAC